GCUCAGCCUUGCAGUGGCCGCCGGCUGUCGGGCGGAUUUUCUGCUCUCGGUGCGAGGUGCAGCGCGGUCGGACUGUGCUUUUUGCGGUGUUCUCGUGUGAUACGACUCGCGCUCGAUGUGCCCUCGUCAAUCGCGUGUCCGUGCUCUGGCGUUCUAGUUCAGCGCGCGCACCGAUCAACCAGCCGCCAGCAGCGCGCCCCUGUGAGCAGCAGCGAUGGCCAGCGAGUCUGUGGGCCUGGCGCCGGUGGGCGGCGAGGGCUCUCAGCCGCUGCCGGCGCACCGCGCCUGGUACGACUCGCAGCGCGCCGCCGGCAUGGCGGCCAUGGACGGCGGCGCCGGCACCAUCCCGCCGGAGGACAUGGAGAUGUUCUUCCCGUCCAUCGACGGCUCGGGCGGCCGCGGCCGCUACUACGGCGCGUCGCACUCGACGGCCGCCUACCCGGCGCACACGGCCGACUGGAGCUCGCGGAUGUCGGCGGCUGGAGGACAGAUGUACCGCUCCCACCUGCCCACCUACCCGUGGAUCGGUGACAAGGCCAUGAUGGCGCCCUCCGCCUCCGCCUGGUGCUCGCCCUUCUCCAAGGCGCAGAGUCCCGGCAUCCCCACCUCCAUCGCCCACUCGAGCCCGCACCUGUUCCACUUUCCGCCGACGCCGCCCAAGGACGGCACGCCAGAGACCUCCGCGGCGCAGACGGCGGCCUCCUCCAGCAUGGCCUCCGCCACCGCCUCGGCCUCGGCCUCGGCCUCGGCGGCGGCGGCGGCGGCAGCGGCGGCCGCCGCCGUGGCCGGCAUGUCGGGCGAGUACGGCCAGCACUGCGGCCAGCUGCUCGGCGCCCCCGACGGACUCGACAUCAAGCCCUCCAUCAUCCACGGCCUCGCCAAGCAGCGCGAAGGUAGCGGUGCGCCGCCGGCCGAGCUGGCCGCCGCCGACGCGUACCAAUACCCGGGGGCGGCGGCGGCCGGCGCCGAGUACCCGCCCGCCUCCGCCGCCGCCGGGUACGGCUUCUAUCCCAGCGCGUUCGCCGCCAAAAGUGUGUCGCCGCGCCCCAAGGCGAAGGCGCGCUCGUCGGCCGAGGGUCGCGAGUGCGUCAACUGCGGGGCCACUUCGACCCCACUCUGGCGACGGGACGGCAACGGUCACUACCUCUGUAACGCCUGCGGCCUCUACUACAAAAUGAACGGCCAGAACCGACCGCUCAUCAAGCCCAAACAGCGCAUGUCGGCCGCGAGACGAGCCGGCACGUCCUGCUCCAACUGCAAGACGUCGACGACGACUCUGUGGCGGCGGAACGGCCAGGGCGAGCCGGUCUGCAACGCCUGUGGCCUCUACUACAAACUGCACAACGUCAACCGGCCCAUCACUAUGAAAAAGGACGGCAUCCAGACCCGAAAUAGGAAGCUCUCGUCCAAGUCCAAGAAGAAGAAGGGCUUCACCGGCUUCGAGGGCAUGAUGCGUCCUCUGGACAAGGCCGGUUUCGGCUUCCCCGGCUCGAAUUUCGGCGCCGGCAUGUCUCCCUACAUGGCCUAUCCGAACAACAUGCAGUCGAUGGCCGCGCCGGGCUUCGUCUCUCCGCAGAUGAGCAUGAGCGGCAUGAGCGCGCUGGGCAUGGGCAACCUGGCCAUCUCCUCGGCGGCCGCUCCGGGCGCCAUGGGCUGGAGGACCGAUUACAGUUGAUAGUGCGGCGCGGCCACGGACGCCAGUGUACAAACUGACGACCUGACGGCCCGAGCCGCUCCCGGCCGGGGGCGCCGCCGGCUACCGCCCGGCGCCCCGGGCGCUGCUGGGCGCCGGGAGGCGACCCGUGCUAACUCAAUGCUACCCAGCGC